UUAACCAAACCACCUUAUUACAAACCUUAAUCUCGUACAACCCAAAUUAUUAUAUCCUGAGUUCAGUAGCAUAUGGAAGAACCAUACUCCAUGCUCCAGAAUUCAACAAAUAUGGAACCAACCAUGUUAGCCACUCAAGAAGCCACGCCCAGGAAUUGGAAUCAAGACGCACUGCUACUCCAUCAACACCUUCUCACUCCACAAAUGGAAACCACUUCUCAAGGCUCAAUCAACAAUUCCACCUCCACUUCAUCCCUUCAAUACCAUGUUUUAUCCCUUUUAGACGGAAUAAUUAACGAAAAACACAUAGAAGAAACCCUAAUCCAAUCCAAGCUAUUGUCUUGCAAUGUUGGGUCCAUUGCUGCCACAGCAACAGCAACGAUUAUCAAUGAAAGGGAACGAAACGAUUGUGGAGAGAAUGAUCGAAGACAGCACGAGUCGUGUCUUGAUUUGGUUGCUAAAACAAUUGGUAGCAAGAGCUCUGUGUACCGAGGAGUAAUCAAGUGCAACGAUGAUCGAUUUGAAGCAUUUGUGUGGGAUAACAGCGAUCCAGGGGAAAAAGGAAGAACAGUUUAUAUUGGUGCUUAUUCAACUGAAGUUGACGCCGCCAAAGCUCAUGAUUUGGUGUCAAUCAGAAUAGGGGGUUUAAAAGCAUUAACCAAUUUUCAUGUGAGAUGUUAUUCCAAAGACAUGGAUGAAAUGAGAAGACUGAGCAAAUGGGACUAUAUUUGUGCUGUUAGAGGGUUGGGCAAGGGCUAUACAGACGGUGAUUCCCCUUUCCGUGGCGUCUACAGGGUGCCGUCAAGCAGAAAAUGGGAAGCAAGGCUCGGUCGUGAGGGGUCACCAACCAUACACUUGGGAACUUAUUACACUGCAGAGGAUGCAGCGAGAGCUUAUGACAUUAUAUCAAUAAAACUGAAGGGAGGGAAAGCAAUUACCAACUUUGACUGGAAUUCCUAUGAAACUGAGGGCAUAAUGGAGAGUGUGAUUGCUCAAGCAACGGACGGAUCGAUCAUUCUGCAGAAAGAAGAGAAAAACAAAGAAACAGAAGCAUCUCCUCAAAACAGCUCCUCAGUUCAAUGCCAUCCUCUACCACCCAGCAUCCCAUCCAUUUGUCGUUGCUGCCACAACCAAAUUCUCACACCAACCAACCCUCACGCUCUUGGUAACAUUGCUGAUACUGCUGGAAACAAUGCAAGUAACACUUCAAUUGUUAACGAUGCUGUACAGUUUCCAAACGAGAAUGCAACACAGCAACAGCCACGGUCACUUCAGAUUCCGAGGCAAAUGAGUUUCAACGAUGGCUCUAAUCAGAACCUUGUCAACAACAACAACAAUAAUCAGCUUCCAAAUCAUAAUGCAGCACAGCAACAGUCACUUCAAACUCCGAGGCAAGUGAGUUUUAACAAUGCCUUUAAUCUGAAUAACUACAACAACAACAAGAACCAGUUUCUGCCUCAGGGUUCUAACCUUGCUUUGCCUGCUACUGGCAUCCGAAAUCUAGAGUUAGAAAAGUGCGUCCGUUUCCCUGAUUGGAGAUCAGGUUUCGGAAAGAAGUUACUUGGGGGGAACUUGGAAUUGGAGCCUUUAAGCAACGCUGCUUCCCUCGGUCUGCAAGCUCUACCACAAGUCACGCUGAAUGGAAGUACAGGAGCAACACAGCUACACGCACCUCCAUUGCACCAAAGUUAUGAGCAUCAGAACUUGAACUCCUGCACCUCUGAUAGUUUUCAGAAUCCUGUUUCUGAACCAAACAACAACGGCUUCCAAAGUGAACUUGAUGUGGACAUGAGUGAUUAUCUCAACAGAUCUUACAUAGAAGACACUGAUUUCACAUGUGAUUAUGACAUGUUUUCAGCCAUGAAUGGGGCUAGAUAGGACCUCCAGUACUGCUGCCAAUGCCAGUAGUACCUUUAUAUAAUUUGUCUUUUUCUCAUUUGUCAUUCAAACUUUGGCU